AUGAUGUAUACCGCUGGGGCUGACACGACCGCCAUCACACUGACAAGUUUCUUCCUUGCUAUGGUUAUGAACCCUAAGGUGCAACGCAAGGCGCAGGAGGAGAUAGAUAACGUGAUCGGCACUGACCGGCUUCCCCGAUUUGAAGACCGAGACAAGCUUCCAUACGUCGAGAGCGUGGUUCAAGAAGCGUACAGGUGGUUUCCCGUUGUACCCCUGUGUUUUCCACAUGCAAUGCUCGAGGACGCUAUCGAAAAAGGGUACAAUAUCCCAAAAGGAGCAAUUAUACUUCCCGCAAUAUGGUGGUUUUUACAUGAUCCUGAGGUGUAUGCGGAGCCUGACGUUUUCGACCCCGAGCGGUUUCUAGAGCCGCGUAAGGAGCCUGAUCCUAAGAACGAGGCAUUCGGUUAUGGGCGCAGAGUAUGCCCCGGGCGAAAUUUCGCUGAUUCGAGCGUUUUUCUCACCAUUGCGAAGACAUUAGCCGCUCUGGAUAUUACUAAAGCGGUAAAUAAUCACGGGAAGGAAAUUGAAGUCAAGUUUGGGGUCACACCUGGAGUACUCAGUCACCCUCUAGCUUUCUCUUGCAACAUCGAGCCCCGGAGCAAGAAGCACGCGGAGCUUGUUAGGAGUGUCGAGGUUGAGCAACCGCGAGAGGAGAGUGAUGCUAGUCGCCUUUGCAUUACGACCACGGCCAGCCAGCUUACGGCUAAGGAAGAUGUGCCCAAGACCUCAUAG